UUCAUGGAGGUGGUGGAUGUUCGGCGAUAGUUGCGUGUGGUAGAUUAAUGUGUCUUGGGCGCUUUUGAAAGUUUUGCGCAGAAAUUUUACUGAUAUUUUUACACGGCCGACUUUUACUAGAACAGCUAUGUCGUCUAAAGAUAGUUCAUCAAAAAGCGAGUUGUUGCUUCUGAUCUACCAGCACUUGAAGGGGCAUGGUUACCAGCAAGCUGCGGGCGUGCUCAGAAAGCAUCUGACCCAGAAAGAAACGUCCACACCACUGCCAUCACUUGAAGACAUAUAUACCAGUUGGCUCAAUUCUGUAGAGGGCAAUAAAAAAAGACGAGAACAUAACGUGAGCCCUGUGAAGAAACACCUCUCGUUGAACCCUGUCAGUAACAAUGAAAGCAGUGGGGGAAGUAAGACCACUGUGUUCUCAGCUUCCCAAACACCCAAAAGUGUCACUGAACCAACUCGACAAAAGUGUCAACCCAGCUCAACAAAAGCUGCACCCAAGGCCAUUUCUGCAGCAAAAGAAUCUGAGAUUUCUGGCAGUGAAAGUACUGAUGACUGUGAGAAUGAAGAAGAGACUUCAGUAUCCCAAGUUAGUGUCAUCUGGACAUUUGAUAAAGGUAUGUCAACACCCAAAGUAAACUGUGUGUCAGUAAACAGCCAAGCAAAGAUAGCCUUCACUUCAGAGCCAGUAAAGAAAGUGGCAGAGAGCUCAGGUACUGAGAGUGGUUCAGAGACUGAAGAUGAGAUUCAGCCCUCACAGGUACCCCUUUUCACUCCUAAACAAACACCCAGCAAACCAGUGCACCUGCCUGUUGUGACCAGGAAUUGUGAAAAUUCAGACAGCACCAGUGAAGACUCAGACAGUGAGCAUGAUGCUGCUACACUGAAGACCACCCGAACAUCAGCAACCACACCAACAAUCUUAGCAAAGCAAAAAGAGGUGAAAGUGGCACCAAAGAUAUUCCCAAUGGCUGCACCUAAGGUCCAAGCUAGAGGAAAGAAGGAUGAAAGCUCAGUCACUGAGAGCAGUGAUAACUCUGAUUAUGAAGACACUCCAUCAAAAACUGUCUUAGCUAAAAAAAUUGCAUCCAAAUUUAGCCAGCCUGAACUCAAGGCUUCAAUAACACCUAAGACUUCCACAACAGCUGUACCUAAAGGCCAUAUUAUAGUGCAGAAGGCUGAUGACUCUGAUAGUGAAGAAGAAGCUCCAACGAAAGCAGUCUUGGCUAAAGGAACCCCGACUAAACCUAGGCAACCUACACCCAUCAAGACUACCAGAGCAUUUAAGACUGGAAGAAGUGCAGAUAGCGAGAGCACUGAUGACUCUGAAAGUGAAGAAGAAGCUCCAACGAAAGGAACCACAACCAAACCUAGGCAACCUACACCCAUCAAGACUACGGCAGCACCCAAGACACUCACAGCAGCUACACAUCAGGCACCAAUUACAAAGAAGAAGGAAGAAAGCUCAGGCAGUGAGAGCAUUGAUGACUCUGAAAGCGAAGAAGAGGCUCCUGCAAAAACGACCUUGGGUAAAAGAACCUCAACAAAAGCUAGCCAACAAACACCUAUAAAGACAACAGCUACAACAAAGACUCCUGUAGCAGAAACACUCUUCACUAAGGGAACUCCAUCCAAUCCUAGCCAGCCUACACCGAUCAAGACUGCAAUAACACCUAAGACUUCCAUAGGAGUUGAACAUAAGGCACCAUUUGCAAGAAAGAAAGAUGAAAGCUCAGACAAUGAGAGUGGUGAUGACUCUGAAAGUGAGGAAGAAGCUCCAACAAGAGCAGUCUUAGCUAAAGGAACCCUGACUAAAUCUAGGCAACCUACACCCAUCAAAACUACAAUAGCACCUAAGACUUCCACAGCAGCUGUUACUAAGACCACAACUACAAAAGAAAAGGAUGAAAGUGCAGAUGGUGACAGCAUUGAUGUAUCUGAAAGUGAGGAAGAGGCUCCAGCAAAAACAAUCUUGGGUAAAGGAACCCUGACAAAAGCUAGCCAACAAACACCGAUAAAGACAGCAGCUGCAACAAAGACUUCCUUAGCAAAAACAGUCUUAGCUAAGGGAACCCCAUCCAAUCCUAGCCAGUCUACACACACCAAGAAUGUAGUAACACCUACGACUUCCACAACAGCUGUACCUAAAGGCCAUAUUAAAGUGCAGAAGGCUGAGAGCUCAGACAGUGAGAGUGCUGAUGACUCUGAAAGUGAGGAAGAAGCACCAGCAAAGAUGGUCUCCUAUAAAGAAGCCCUGACAAAAGCUAGCCAGUCAACACCUAUAAAGACAACAGCUGCAACUAAGACUCCUGUAGCGAAAACAGUCUUAACUAAGGGAACUCUAUCCAAUCCUAGCCAGCAUACACCCACUAAGACUGCAAUAACACCUAAGACUUCCACAGCAGUUGAACAUAAGGCACCAGUUGCAAGAAAGAACGAUGAAAGCUCAGACAGCAAGAGUGCUGAUGACUCUGAAAGUGAGGAAGAAGCUCCAACAAAAACAGUCUUAGCUAAAGGAACCCUGACUAAAUCUAGGCAACCUACACCCAUCAAGACUACAGCAGCACCUAAGACUUCCACAGCAGCUGUUACUAAGACCACAACUACAAAGGAAAAGGAUGAAAGUGCAGAUAGUGAGAGCAUUGAUGACUCUGAAAGUGAGGAAGAAGCUCCAACGAAAGGAACCAUGACCAAACCUAGGCAACUUACACCCAUCAAGACUACGACAGCACCCAAGACACUCGCAGCAGCUGCACAUCAGGCACCAAUUACAGGGAAGAAGGAAGAAAGCUCAGGCAGUGAGAGCACUGAUGACUCUGAAAGUGAAGAAGAGGCUUCUGCAAAAACGAUCUUGGGUAAAGGAGCCCCAACAAAAGCUAGCCAACAAACACCUAUAAAGACAGCAGCUAAAACAAAGACUCCUGUAGCAGAAAUAGUCUUCACUAAGGGAACACCAUCCAUUCCUAGCCAGUCUACUCCAAUCAAGACUGCAAUAACACUUAAGACUUCCACAAGAGCUGUAUCUAAAGGCAAUAUUACAGUGCAGAAGGCUGAGAGCUCAGACAGCGAGAGUGCUGAUUUUGAAACCGGGGAAGAGGCUCCAGCAAAAACGGUAUUAGCUAAAGGAAUCCCUACCAAAUCUAGCCAGCCUAUACCCAUCAAGACUACAGCAGCACCUAAGACUUCCACAGCAGCUGUUACUAAGACCACAACUACAAAGGAAAAGGAUGAAAGUGCAGAUAGUGAGAGCACUGAUGACUCUGAAAGUGAGAAGGAGGCUCCAGCAAAAACAAUCUUGGGUAAAGGAACUCUGACAAAAGCUAGCCAACAAACACCGAUAAAGACAGAAGCUGCAACAAAGACAUCCUUAGCAGAAACAGUCUUAGCUAAGGGAACCCCAUCCAAUCCUAGCCAGUCUACACACACCAAGAAUGUAAUGACACCUACGACUUCCACAACAGCUGUACCUAAAGGCCAUAUUAAAGUGCAGAAGGCUGAGAGCUCAGACAGUGAGAGUGCUGAUGACUCUGAAAGUGAGGAAGAAGCACCAGCAAAGAGGGUCUCCCAUAAAGAAGCCCUGACAAAAGCUAGCCAGUCAACACCUAUAAAGACAGCAGCUGCAACUAAGACUCCUGUAGCGAAAACAGUCUUAACUAAGGGAACUUUAUCCAAUCCUAGCAAGUCUACAUCCACCAAGACUGCAAUAACACCUAAGACUUCCACAGCAGUUGAACAUAAGGCACCAGUUGCAAGAAAGAACGAUGAAAGCUCAGACAGUGAGAGUGCUGAUGACUCUGAAAGUGAGGAAGAAGCUCCAUCGAAAACAGUCUUGGCUAAAGGAACCUCGACCAAAUCUAGCCAACCUAUACCCGUCAAGACUACAACAGCAUCUAAGACUUCCAUAGCAGUUGCACGUAAAGCACCAGUUACAAGGAAAAAGGAAGAAAGCUCAGGCAGUGAGAGUACUGGUGACUCUGAAAGUGAAGAAGAGGGUCCUUCAGAAAUGAUCUUGGGUAAUGCAACCCCAGCAAAAGCUAGCCAACAAACACCUAUAAAGACAGCAGCUCCAACAAAGAUUCCUGCAGCAGAAGCAGUCAUAGCUAAAGGAACCCUGACUAAACCUAGGCAACCUACACCCAUAAAGACUACAGCAGCAUCUAAGACUUCCACAGUAGCUGUUACUAAGACCACAACUACAAAGGAAAAGGAUGAAAGCGCAGAUAGUGAGAGCAUUGAUGACUCUGAAAGUGAGAAAAAAGCUCCAAUGAAAGGAAUGCCGACCAAACCUAGGCAACCUACACCCAUCAAGACUACAGCAGCACCUAAGACACUCACAGCAGCUGCACAUCAGGCACCAAUUACAGGGAAGAAGGAAGAAAGCUCAGGUAGUGAGAGCACUGAUGACUCUGAAAGUGAAGAUGAGGCUCCUGCAAAAACGAUCUUGGGUAAAGGAGCCCCAACAAAAGCUAGCCAACAAACACAGAUUAAGACAGCAGCUGCAAAGACUCCUGUAGCAAAAAUAGUCUUAGCAAAGGGAGUGCCAUCCAUUCCUAGCCAGUCUACACACACCAAGACUGCAAUAACACUUAAGACUUCCACAAGAGCUGUACCUAAAGGCCAUAUUAAAGUGCAGAAGGCUGAGAGCUCAGACAGUGAGAGUGCUGAUGACUCUGAAAGCGAGGAAGAAGCUCCAACAAAAGCAGUCUUAUCUAAAGGAACCCCAACUAAUUUUAGGCAACCUAUACCCAUCAAGACUACAGCAGCAUCUAAGACUUCCAUAGCAGUUGCACAUAAGGCAUCAGUUGCAAGGAAGAAGGAUGAAAGCUCAGAUAGCGACAGUGCUGAUGACUCUGAAAGUGAGAAAGAGGCUCCUUCAAAAAAAGUCUUAUCUAAAGGAAUCUCGACCAAACCUAGCCAACCUACACUCAUCAAGACUACGGCAGGACUUAAGACUUCCACAGCAGCUGUACCUAAGGCCACAACUACAAGCGAAAAGGACAAAAGCUCGGAUAGUGAGAGCACUGAUGACUCUGAAAGCGAGGGACAGGUUCAGGCAAAAACAUUUUUAGGUAAAGGAGCCCUGACAAAAGCUAGCCAGUCAACACCUGUAAAGACAGCUGCAGCAAAGACUUAUGUAGCAAAAAUAGGCUUAGCUAAGGAAACACUAUUGAAAACUAACCAACUUUCAGCUAGCAAGACUACAGUGGUACCCAAGACUUUUACAACGGCUUCACCUAAGGACCGUGUUACAGGGAAGAAGGUAGAAAGCUCAGACAGCGAGAAUACUGAUGACUCUGAAAGCAAGGAGGAAAGUCCAACAAAAACAGGUUUGACUAAAGGAGCCACUGCCAAAUCUAGCCAAACUACAGCCAUAAAACUAGCAACUGUAGCCAAGACCCCAGCUGUAGAGGAAAAGGCUGACAGCUCAGACAGUGAAAGCAGUGAGACCUCUGAUAAUGAGCAAGAAGCUUUGUCUAAAACAGUCCUGACUAAAGGAACUCCAGUUAAGGCUCCAGUAGUGGCUGUUCCUAAGGUCCAAACUACAGUAGAAAAAGUGUUGUUAAAGGGAAUCCCAGUCAAACCUAGCAAACCUCAACCUGCAAAAACAGCACCUGUACCUGUAAAGAUGGCAACUACUCUCAAGACAGCUGCAGGGAAAAAGGCUGAUAUCUCAGACAGCGAGAGCACUAAUGACUCUGACAGUGAUGCGGAAAACAAGAAGACUCCAACUAAGAAGGUUGUAUUGGCUGAUCUGACAAAGGCAGCACUGGUCAAUCCUAAGGCCAUACGCAAAGUUGCACCCAAAGGUCCACAACCUGCAAAGCAGGAGGACAAGAGCAGUGGUGGCACAUCUGGUGGGGUGAGGGAUACUGCAGUUGCUGAAAACACAUCCAAAGGAAAUAAGCAUCCUGAAAAUAGUUCUUCAAAAACAAAGGUAACGAAACCAGCUUUAGCUAAGAAGCCUGUCCUAGAAGUAAAUGAGACCAUCAAAACCACAGCUACAUUCAAGAGGAAGAUGAGCCAGGAAAAAUUUGAAACCAACUCCAAACAAACCAAAAGAAGAAAACUGAGACUUUCAAAGUUUUUGGAAGUCUACUGGAGCAACCCUUAACUACUCCAGCAGGUGGAGACUCUGACUCAGAUUCAGACAGUAGUCUGGAUGUGGAGAAGUGGAAGAAGCUGGCAUUGCAGCUCACAGGUAACAAAUUGAAAAAGACUGUUCUAUUCAUUAUGAGUGGACCUCAUUGCAGUAGCAUAGGCGAACAGGUAACAUACACCUAGAUUCAUUUUAGUGGGAAGCCACUAUGUAACAGAAUGAAUGAACUACGUAAUAUUAAUGCAGCCAUUACACCCCUAUCUAUAUACGACA